AUGCUCGGCGCCAGUCAACGAAAAACGAGCUUUAGAGUUGUGUAUGAGAAGAAGUGGAUUUACCUAAUCGAUAAAGAUCAACCGAACAUCAGCUCACGUUCAUCGCAAGCAAGAUGUCGUUCACUUCGUCCUCAAGGUGGUCCAACCUCUCUGAAGACAAUGAAGAGUUCUCUUACUUGGGGAGGCCGUUCUAAUUACUAUGCUCCCGGAAUGCUUGUCACCUUCGAAGUAUUCGGCAAAAUCCGUCUUAACUUUCCUGAAGCUACUGCCAGCAUCCUGCUUAUGACAGGGUCUUUGUUUAGAUCAGCAGUACAGCUGAUUAGGUCCGUUGCUGACAUUUCACUGUAG